CCUACUCCUCUGGGCUCUUUGACUCUCUCUCUUUUCCAGUUGCAGCGUUGGACCAAUUUACCUUUAUAAAACGAAAGAAAUGACGACACAAUCAAUCCAUAUCUGAUUCGGUCUACAGAAACACCUUUAGAUCUCUGUGUUUUGGCCUUUCAAUCAGGUGACCUUUGAGAAGAAAUCAUGUUCUUUUUCGAUUGGUUCUAUGGGAUUCUUGCAUCUUUGGGGUUAUGGCAGAAAGAGGCUAAGAUUCUCUUCUUGGGUCUCGACAAUGCUGGCAAGACCACUCUCCUUCACAUGUUGAAAGAUGAGAGACUGGUACAGCACCAACCAACGCAGCAUCCAACAUCUGAGGAGCUGAGUAUAGGUAAAAUCAAGUUCAAGGCUUUUGAUUUGGGUGGUCACCAGAUCGCUCGUCGAGUCUGGAAGGAUUACUAUGCUAAGGUGGAUGCGGUGGUUUACUUGGUGGAUGCAUACGACAAGGAAAGGUUUGCAGAAUCGAAGAAGGAGCUAGAUGCCCUUCUUUCAGAUGAAUCCCUGGCUAAUGUUCCAUUUCUGGUGUUAGGCAACAAGAUUGACAUUCCUUACGCCGCUUCAGAAGAUGAGCUUCGGUAUCAUCUAGGGCUCACCAACUUCACAACUGGCAAGGGAAAGGUGAAUCUAGUGGAAUCCAAUCUUCGACCACUCGAGGUUUUCAUGUGCAGUAUUGUUCGCAAGAUGGGAUAUGGAGACGGCUUUAAGUGGCUCUCUCAAUACAUCAAGUAGACGGAGCAAUGGGCUUGUAUUCUUUCAGGACUUUUUCCUUCAUUUUUGCAGUGCAUCGACUGUUAUUCAAUUGAAAUUUCUUGUUUGUCUUCAAUUUGUUGAACCAUCAACUGCUGUUCUAAAUUUUGAUUUUGAUUUUGAUGACACAAUUAGAUCCAAAUUGGAACUUUAAAGACUA